AUGACCCCCAUUGAUUCUGCUGAGCCAUGUCGGUUUUGCAUGGCGGAUCAGAGAGAGAGGGGAGAGCAGAGUUGGGAGAAGGAUUCCAAACCAGCAAUCGUGCUCCCUGCUGUGGGGGAUCUGGAAGUUGGAAGUGGUGAACAGAGAGUGUCUAUUUGUCACUUGUCACUUUGCAGCCAGCUCUCCGUGGCCUACAGAACUGGACAGGUGGAGGGAGCACUUUCUGUGGGCUUUCUGCUGUGCUGGGUCAGUGGAGGCCUGACAGGUUUCAGAGGCUGCUACCUGACUCACCACAUACCUCUCCAGAUUUUCACAGCUAUCUUCUAUGUGAACAUGGAUAUAACCAUGCUCUCACAAUUCACAUACUACAAGUUAAAGAAUCAGAAGGAAAAAUUGUUCGUCUUCCUUGUCUGCUGUCCCCUCCCAAGGCCUGCAGCGCUACAUACUCGUGCCAUGAUUGAAAUAUCAGGCUUUGUUUGUGGCCAUAUAUCUUGUAUCUUCUACUUGGGAUCUCCAUCCUCAACUAUAGGAAAUUUAUUUAAAGACUCCAUCACCAGGAAGAAGGUUAGUUUGUCACUCCUGGGGACCCUGUGCCCUUUAUAUGUCUCAUAUUUCUUCAGAUAA